AUUAUCAGACAGGUCUAGGUUCCAAAUAACGGACUCUUUAUCGCGUUCCGAUAAAAGCUCUUUCGUCUACCCGUGCUUCUGACAUGGACGAGCGGCGUAAAAUAGUCGUCUGUGAUAAUGGCAGCGCGUCCAUCAAGUGCGGGUUCGCAGGCGACAAUUUUCCCGUCGCCGUCAUUCCCAAUGUCGUCGGGCGACGCCUCGUCCGCCUUGACGAAACCUCCCAAGGCGAAGCACCCCCUAGCAUCCUGGUGGGAUCGCAGUGCAUGGAGCAGCAGGGCCAGGGGGGCCGCAGGGUGGAGCUGAGCUACCCCAUUCACAACGGCGUGGUGCAGCGGUGGGACGACAUGGGGCACGUGUGGGACUACACGUUCAACACCGCUCUUGGCAUCGACCCCAAGGAGAGCAAGAUCCUGCUGACGGACCCGCCACUGAAUCCAACCAAGAAUCGGCAACGCAUGCUGCAGAUGAUGUUUGAGAAGUACAACUUCGACAGCCUCUUCAUUCAGCUGCAGGCCGUGCUGCCGCUAUACGCGCAAGGCAUUCUCACGGGACUCGUAGUGGACUCGGGAGAAAGCGCUACUCAUGCAGUGCCUGUGGUGGAGGGCUUUGCCUAUCCGCACCUCACCAAGCGCAUCAGCAUAGCUGGCAGGCAGAUCACAUCUCACCUCAUCGACCUCAUGCUGCGACGGGGCUACUCGUUCAGCAAGGUUUCGGAUUUCGAAGCGGCUAGAGCCAUCAAAGAGCAGCUCUGCUUUGUCAGUUGUGAUUAUAAGCGGGAGAUGCAACUAGCAGAGGACACUACAGUGCUGGUGAAGCAAUUCACACUACCUGAUGGCAGAACGAUUCGGAUUGGUGCAGAGCGGUUCCAAGCACCAGAGGCCCUCUUCUCCCCUGAGCUGAUCGACAAUGAGGGGCUGGGAUUGGCCGACGUGAUCUUCAGGACAAUCCAAGAUAUGGACAUCGACCACCGCUUGAGUCUAUACCAGCACAUCAUGCUGUGUGGCGGCUCUACCAUGUUCCCCGGGCUGCCCACGCGGUUAGAGAGAGAAGUGAGAGACCGGUACCUGAAGCACGUACUCAAGGGCAACAAGGAGGGGCUCAAGAAAUUCAAACUACGGAUUGAAGAUCCUCCGAAUCGCAAGCACCUUGUCUUCCUUGGUGGUGCUGUUCUAGCCGAUAUCAUGAAGGACAAGCCCGACUUUUGGAUAUCGCGUGCUGACUAUGAAGAGGAAGGCUUCAAGUGUUUGCGAAAAUGCGAAAAUGCGUAGAACACUACCCCAUGUACGAAGUACUAACACCACUAGGCGUGGGAAUAAAGUGGCGGUCGAAACUUGUAUAGAAUAGUCGGCUGUGUUUCUGAGUUUAGUAGGUGAUUUGUAACGAAGAACCGUUUACCGAGAUUUUUUGCCUUUCCCAUCUGCUUCUCUUUUACGAUUCACGAC